GAGGCGGACAGAGGGCUGGGACUCCCACGCCGGGCAAGACGCAGUGCGGGGCCCGGCCCUCCACAGUCGGGCGCAGGGGCCUGGGGGACUCUGCCCCUCGGUUCCGCGUGCAGAGAGCACGGCAGAGGCGCGGCUGCAGCCCGCCGGCCACAGACUCCCCUCCACCCGGCUCCCGGCCGGGCAGCCAAUCGGAGCCGCGCUGCCGCCGGGAUCCGCGGAUCGGCUUCGGAGGCGGCGGCGGCGCCCGGGACGGAGCGGAGAGCUGGAGCUUAGCGCCCCGCAUCAGGUGCAGGAAAUAAGGCCUAGGAAGACCACCACGUGUUCAAGUAACCACACAGUUAGUCGGUGCCCAACCCAGGCCUGGAAUCCUGGUCACUGAGUCACAGCUACUGAAGGAAGACAUCAAGAUGGAUGCAGAGCCCAAGAGGAAGUUCGGCGUGGUGGUGGUUGGUGUUGGCAGAGCCGGCUCUGUGCGCAUGCGGAACUUACAGAAUCCAGACUCUUCCUCAGCCUGCCUGAACCUGAUUGGCUUCGUGUCCAGACGAGAGCUCGGGAGCAUCGCGGGGGUCCAGCAGAUUUCCUUGGCGGAUGCUCUUUCCAGCCCAGAGGUGGAGGCUGCGUUUAUCUGCAGUGAAAGCUCCAGCCACGAGAACUACAUCAGGCAGUUCCUCAACGCGGGCAAGCAUGUCCUUGUGGAAUACCCCAUGACGCUGUCCCUGGCAGCUGCGCAGGAACUGUGGGAGCUGGCCGAGCAGAAAGGAAAAGUCUUGCAUGAGGAGCAUAUCGAACUUUUGAUGGAGGAAUUUGCAUUCCUGAAAAAUGAAGUGGUGGGGAAAGAGCUGCUGAAGGGGUCACUUCUCUUCACAGCUGGCCCACUGGAGGAAGAGCGGUUUGGCUUCCCUGCAUUCAGCGGCAUCUCUCGCCUGACCUGGCUGGUGUCCCUCUUUGGGGAGCUUUCUCUUGUGUCUGCCACUUUGGAGGAGCGGAAGGAAGACCAGUACAUGAAGAUGACUGUGCACCUGGAGACUGAGAGUAAAUGCCCGCUGUCCUGGAUCGAAGAGAAAGGGCCCGGUUUAAAACGGAACAGAUAUUUAAGCUUCCAUUUCACAACGGGGUCCCUGGAGAAUCUGCCUAACGUGGGAGCCAAUAAGGACAUUUUCCUGAAAGAUCAGAGCAUAUUUGUCCAGAAACUCCUGGGCCAGAUCUCUGAGAAGGAUCUGGCUGCUGAAAAGAAGCGAAUCCUGCACUGCCUGGGGCUGGCGGAAGAAAUCCAGAAGGCCUGCCACCAGAGGCAGUGAGGGCCGAGGCCACACCGCUGCCCUGGCAGCACAGCUGGGUUUUGUCAACAGCUGACCGCUAUCCCUACUCUGACGAUUAAACUUGUUGGUAAACAGGAUCAGUUUAUGGUUGUGCG